UUUUAACAGUAAACCAAGGAAAUCAAAUGAUAGAUUACUAGACAAGAAGAUGGUGGUGAUGCAAUGUGGAACCGACAGCAGCCAUUUCGGCGAUCCGAUGCCAUGGAUCGGUGUAUAUAUAACAGCAGCUUCUCUAGUUUGCUCACUUGCCAUGGCGGCCGAUAUCAUUAACGGGAUCCGCCAUCGAAAGCUCUGGUUUCCAUGCAGAUUCUUCUCGCUCAACGCCACUUCCUUGACCCUUCUAGCAAUCGCGACGAAACUGCCUGUCGAUCUUAGCACUCCAAUGCCCCUGCCUCAAGAUCAGCUCACCAAGCUCAGUGGGACCGUCCUGAUUUGCACCGCAAUGGCCAACUUCAUGCCGUCUUUAGGAACCAUGGAAGACUCCCAGUUGCUAAAACAACAGUACGAGUUGAAACACCAUCAAGCUUCAGAUGGGCCAGAUGUUAAAGUUGAGACAUCCACCGUUACGAAAUUGAAAAAUGAUGUGAGGAAAUAUUGGAUGAUGGCCCAUAGCUCUAGUCCUCAGUAUGUUAUCAGUCGCUCCUUGAUUGGCACCGCUUCGGGAGCUUUCUGUCUCUUGGGUGCUAUCGUUCUGACGGAGGCAUUCAUCGCAUCACUAUGUCUAAUUCCUUCAAUAUACUUGUGUGAAGUUCUCGAUUGUCCUUCAACUGCUCAAUCCCCAUACGAGUGGUCGACUAAGCUUGUCUCAUUUUCUCAAGUAAUUGCAGUAGGGGUAGGAACCAUAGCCCCUGCUUGUAGAUGUUUUGCCGGCGUCAAUUCGAGGCGCUUUCAGAUAAAAACAUGGAGUGAAUUCAAAGGCGAGUUUAAGGUGGAGAGGUACUGGAUUCAGAAAUUGGUGGAAUGGAAAGACAGCCCUUUACAUUUCGACAUCAAGAGCAGGAGCUGUCUAAGGUUCGUCUAUGGCUUUAGAAAUCUAAUACUGGAUGUCUGUCUACAAAUGCAAACUGCAAUAGUCUUAUUCAGCAAAUCUGUUCGAUUAGCUUUCAUGUUGGUCAUGACUGGGCUCAAAAUUGUGCUGUCCUGCUUCCUCUCAAUCCUACCACGAAGGCAGUUCAAGUCCUCUGGAAGCGUUUCGAAUGAGGAAACAGGGUCUUCUUCAAGUACAGAGAGAGGCCUGAAUGAUUUCGUAUUACACCUCGAGGGUGAGGAAAAAUUGGUCCAUUUGAUCAUGAAACAAGGCUGCAUCGACACAGAGAAAUGGAUUCGUAAAGGUAGAAAGAACCAAUUAAAACAUCUUAUGGAUCUUUUAAGCAAAUCAACAAUUUCGGAAGGCUUCAAGGGAGUUUGCGAUUUUGACAGCGACGUAGUUCGCCCGGUAGGUUUGGAGGAAAGUCCUCCCAACUGCUGGGCUCUGCCUUUGGUAACCCUGGUGAGUAUAGCCAUUGCAAUUCCUUGCACGGACCGAGAACUGAUCAAACCAUUGCUACGUGGGGUACAUGAAGGCCUCCGUUGCGUAAGAUUCAUAGAGAAGAAGCUGGAUUUGAAAUGGCUGGUAAACAUUAAGGAAGCAGCAGAUAUCGUCUGGCUAGGUGUUGAUCUUAAACAAAAAUGGUUCGAUGUGGAUAUUGCCAUAUUGAUCCCUGGAGAGAAGGAUCCCAAGAAAAUAAUCGAACGCCUUGCAGACAUUGGAAAGGAAUGUGUUUUGGACUUUGAGAAGACCAUGGCGCCUGUGUGGGGAAACAAGAAGAAGACUCUUAAGUGGACGGCCAAAGCAUUGGCUGGCAAUUCUCUCUAUAGAAUCUGUCAAACCAUUCUGGAUGACUAUGAAAACAAAUUUAGGAGAGCGGAAGAGCUGUUCGAAUGGUUGUGUGUAACGAUUUCUGAUAUAUUGGGAGCCUGUCUUACCAAUUUACCGCAUGCGAUAUCCAUCGAAUGCUCUUCCGGUGCCAUCGAAGCAAAGGAAGAUAGCAUUAGGAAAGCAGCUUCUUUUCUUGGCGAAGCUGAAAACAUAUUAGAAACUCUCGGACAACAAGGGGUUCAAGAUCUGGGCAUUGAUCAAUGUGCCUAUAUCGACGACUGGCGUACCAGCAAACUGAAGAAGAACACGUCGCGCCUCCCUGCUGCUAUUUCCAAUGACGAUAUGUCUAACGCUACUUUAGGUGAAUGA